AGCUCUGUGUUUAGAAUCAGCUACAUCCCAUGUUGACGAAGGUAAAACCGGAAGUAACUAUAGCCUGUUUAGAUAAGAAAAUGAACUGUUGGUCGUAGCGUCUGUUUGCAGCAUCAGGAAGUCAACAUAUUCCAGUAAAAAGUCCAUUAGAGAGAGAAACAGCUACGGAACAGAAGACACCAUCCUACUGCUCCACCGCUCUUCCCCCGCAGAUAACGGACGAUAUUCCCCGCUGCUGAUCCCGACCAGUUUUGAACCAGGUGGCGGCAGCAAGAUGGCGUCCGAGGCUGCGCAGUACGGAAGAAGACGGGCGGUGACGUUUUAGAGCAAGGACACCGCAUGCUUUUCUCCCCACCUCAGUUGAGAAAACAUCCACCAUGUCGGCUGGGUUUAUACGACGGAAAACAAACGCGGAUUAAUGUCACGCCGUCGAAAUACGUGAUCUGUUGGACCGCGCAGAAGGAUGCUGUCCAAAACCAUUGUAGAGAUGUAUAAAAAGCAGGAUUCUCCUGCCCUUUAGAUGUCUGGGAGCUGUUCAUGGCUUCUAAGAAGAAGCGUAAAGGAAUGGUGUUCCAUCAGGAAGGGGCACCCACCCCUGUUGCGGCACCUGCCGCAGACCAUCCAUCUGCCCACUUUGUUGUUCCAAAACCAGGGAAGGCAAGUGAAGGUGGUUUGGAGCAAAGCAACUGUGUAACCAAUGAAAAGGCAGAUAUGAUGGGUAAACCCAAAAUGUACCCAUCUAAAGAACCGGUUAGGAAGGCUGGUGGACUCUCGGCUGGGAAGCAUCCCAAAAGUUCAAACCCUGAGCCAGACAACUUGUCACCUGAUAGCAUCUGCAAUGGUAUCAAAGUAACGCUGGACAACAACGGAAUGUGGAACGAGUUUUUCAAAUGCAAAACAGAAAUGAUUGUGACUAAACAAGGCAGUAGGAUGUUCCCCUCCUGCCGCUUUCGCAUCUCUGGUUUGCAGCCAUCUAGGAAGUAUUCUUUGAUCAUGGACAUUCAACUUUUGGACAACAGUCGUUACAAGUGGAAUGGCAAAAGCUGGCAAGUUGCUGGAAAGGCAGAAACUCAUGGUAAGAGUCAACCAUUCGCUCACCCGGAAUCUCCAUCAACAGGAGAACACUGGAUGAAAAAUCCAGUGUCCUUUUACAAACUGAAACUAACAAACAACGUCUCAGAACAAGAGGAGAACACCAUCCUGCAUCUGAUGCACCGCUACCUGCCAAGACUGCAUGUGAUCCAAACUGAAGCUGCUGAAGACACACAUCUAAAGGGUCGCAAUCUAAUGACAUUCACUUUUCCCCAGACUGAGUUCAUGGCAGUCACUGCUUACCAAAACCCACGGCUUUCCCAGCUUAAAGUCGACUACAAUCCGUUUGCUAAAGGACUGAAGGAGGAGGGCUCCAGUUCUUUGGGCCUAAAGCUGAAGUUGAACUCUGGCAACGACUUGCACAAAGGUGGAGGCAAAACAACCAAUGACCAACAUCCCCUGAAGAAGAGCUUGAAGUCGUUGCUUGCAAACCAUAAACCUAAAAGCUCAAAAGCAGUGGAUGCAAAGCCUUCGGGUUCUGUUGAUCUUCAGAAAAAUUCCACUACAAAUGAAGAUCUAUCAGCUGCCAGUGUGACUGGGGAAUGUUCGCGCAAUUCACAUCCAGCUCAGAAGUUAUUUUCAGAACUUAUCCGGGAGGCUCAUGUGUCACUGCAUAGAUGCAACGUGGAGCAGCUGGCCAAUACUAAUACCACAUCUCCUAGAACUGAGCAAACCAAUACUGAAACCACCGCUUUGAAAAGCAAUGAAGAGGUUGCCGGAAGGGACAGUACAUCUGUCAGAAUAAAUGGUGUACCGUCAUCUGCAGAGAAAGGAGAAACUGUUAAAACAAAUGGGAAGGUUAAAGAGAACAAGGACCUUUUGAGUUCAACAAACUGCAAAGACAAUGUAAGGACUGACUGUUCUGAGUUCAAUAAUGACUCUCUAGCAGUUUCCAAUAACUCCUCGGUGGAAUCAGACCACCAACAUAAGCCCAAAGCUCUAUCAGAGGGAAAAGAAAAGGAGCAGAAACGGCCAGUGCCGCUACCUCUGCCUGCUCUAGCUCGUUUUUUGAAGCAGCAUUCAACUAAAUCUAAAAAGGCCAAGACUAAGGUGGACUCUCCACCCCGGGCACUCCCAUCCCAACUUUCAUCUAAUUUAGAGAGUUCUGCUGCUGCUCCCGAAGGUCCAGAAUCUGACCCCUGCGUUAAAGCAACUGAUCCUUUAAAAGAGCCAACAGGUGAUAUCACAACAUUUGACAACCAGACUUCUAGACAUACUGUUGAACACCAUCUGGAGGAAGUAGAUUUAAAUGUUCCUGGACAAGCAGGUAAAACCGCCAAUGCACCUUCCAGUCCAUCAUGUCAAGAUGAUAAUGCAACUACAGGCCCAAACGGACUAAGCACUGAAGAUUUCCUGGCUUCUGUUUCUGUUGCCGAAUGCAUCAACUCAGAGGGACAAGAUGGUACACCAGUGUUAGCUAAUUUAGAUGAACCAUUUUGUACCCUUGAGACAUCUUUAUCCACCAUGACGUCAACUCUUGCUACCUCUUCUGCAUCUCCUAUUUCGUCACCAACCCUUGAGACAGUGUUACCUGCCCCAAGCUCAUCAGAAACCCCAACCAUCAAUGAGUCUUCCACACUACCUUCAGACUACCCUAGUAUGAGGUCUGAUUCUUCACUACCUGACCCUGAGUGUUCUUCAUAUGCUUUUGAGGAAUUGUCACCUACAAGCUCUCCUGAACCUUUACCUUCCCUGCCUCUCUCAUUAGCUCUAGAAUUUGACUGCACUACUUCUGAACACACUCCUCAAGCACCGUCUCCUGAAGAGUUGGAUCACAGCGAAGCAUCUGUGUUCAAAUGGCAUACAGUGUUACCUCUACCCAAGCCGUACAUAGAAGCUUCACUCACUACAUUUCAGCCCACACCACAGACUCUUCCUUUAGUGUCUGUAACUUCACCUCUGUUGCCUUCCCAAACCUCCUCCCAAUCUGAACCACAGGGUAUUGACACCUCCACAUCCAUGGCUCCCCUUGAUCCUUCUCCGUCAUUUCAAGAAAACGAACAGUCGCUUCCAUUCCCUGCUGAACUGUCCCCACUUGCGCUUCAGUUGCCGCUGUCUCCAACCUUUUCCUCGUUAGAUGGAGACGGACUGUCACCUACGCCUUCAAUCGCCGAACUCGUGCACUUUUUCUCCAACGACCAUGACCUCGGUAUGGCGUUCUCAAACACAGAGGCAAUAGACGUUCCCUGCCCACCUCCGAGUACAGUAGAAGCAAGUGCACAUGAGCCUUCUCUACAGGUGCAACCAGUUCCAGCCAAAAGAACCUGCAAGCGCAAGAAGAAGUCCAGGCAGCGAAAGGUAGUGGAUAUGGAUCAGGAGAUAGAUGCCUCAUACGGUAGAAUGCAUCCCAACGUGGAGGAAGUAGAGGAGCAGUUAUUUAUUUCAUUCACUUCAAAGGAGGCCCUCAAACUUCACAUUGCGGACCACGUCGAUGGAACAGUCUCACAACCGCAGACAACAGCAGAGGGACCCGUGCCACAACAAUCGACUGACACACCUGAGAACGUAGAGACAGCAGGUGAUUCCGAGAGGAUCGCUGCCUUCGAGAAGAUCCUUCUGAGAGACCUGAAGCUGCUGAGACACAGACAGGUGAUCCAUCCUGUGCUGCAGGAAGUGGGUCUGAAGAUGAGCCUGCUGGAUACCACUCUGGCCAUAGACCUGCAGUACCUGGGAGUCCGUCUGCCCAUCCCCCCUCCUGGAGUCUCCCUGGAGCCCCUGACCCAGGAACUGCCUCCACCUCCAGGUGUUUCUGCAGCGUUUGUGUCCAGAACAGGAAAGACGACCGAUGUGACUCAGAUUAAAGGUUGGAGAGAGAAAUACACUCCGUCUGAGCCUCCAUCCACUCCAACACCAACAAAACCUGAAGCUGGUCCUAGUUCAGACCCACCAAAGAAGAACCUGUCCGCGUUCUGCAGUGACAUGCUGGACGAGUAUCUGGAGAACGAAGCGAAGCUGAUCGACGAGCGAGCCGACAGCUUCUCUCGGCCUGCCGUGGAGCCGCUGGUGUACGAGCUGCCCACCAGGAGCACCAGCUACGUCCGGACCCUCGACAGUGUCCUGAAGAAACAGACCUCCAGCUCCCCCACAUCAGAACUCAUAUCUGGAUUCAUCCCGCCCUCCAAGAGACCCAAACUCACAAUCAAGGAGGUUAAAAAACCCCGGAAGAGAGGUCCAAAACCCAAUAAACUCAAAGAAGAAUCACCUCCAGGUUCAACACCUUCUCUGAGUCCUACUGAAUCAAAUCUGCCCCCUAAACAACCUGAACCCCUUAUCCCAGCAGCCCCCACUCCAUCAGAGCACACAGCGCCUGUCACUGAACCUCUGAAACCAAGAAAGCAACACCUGAAAGUCCGAUUCAACGAGCCAAAGCUGUCCCCUCUGCCUCAUCAACCCAAGCAGAGGAGGAAGCUCAAACCCAAGCCCUCGUCUCAGACCCUCACCCCCACCAAGACCCCGCCGUCUGCCGCCCUAGAGCACAUGGCCCCGGUGGAGUCGGACUCUGAGCUCGGUGCGGCCGUGGAUCCUAAAUCCUGCAGGAAGGACAACGCGCCGGUGGUGACCCGCGCUCUGCUGAAGCAGAAGGACCUGGAGGACGCCGUGCUGUGGGAGGGGCUUCACCGGACCUCCAUCACCAAGGAGAGGGCCGCCAUCGCUCUGACGUCCCUGUUCACACUGAAGGGUUUCGUCAGUGAGAACCCCACUGCCCCCAUCCAGCUGGUGCGGAGGCGAGCCCCCCCUUGCCUGAACGAGUCCUGCCGGCUGGGCUGCCUGUGCUCCAGCCUCGCUCACUGCUCCAGGAUCAGCCACUGCGGCCGGCCCGCCUGCAUGCUGGGCUGCAGCUGCCUCAAACAGAAAGUGGUGCUCCUCAAGAACCUGGACGGAUCCGACUCCAGCCCCACACAGCCCGGACACAAGAAGAGGAGGAAGAGGAGGAUGAAGAUGGCCUACGUCCUGAAGGAGGCAGACAGCGUUUCCCAGCCUGCCGAACGGGUCCGGACUCUGUGGAAGAGAGAUGCUGCAGACUCAGAUCCAGACCCGAUCCACACACCUGGAUCGGCAUCAUUGACAGAGAGGUUAAAGGACAACGGCAGAUGUGCCAGAGUCCGAGUCUUCGUCGGGAAGAGGAGGAGGAGCAGGAAACAGAAGACUCCUGAUCCUCCAAUGGAGGAGUCUAAAAAUGCAGAGUCUAAAAUGGUUCUGCCGAAAAGAAAGAAAGGCGUGACAUCGAAGGGAACAAAGACCAAAACCUCCAUUCCUCCACCACCAGAGGAUCCUCAGCCAGCUCCCUCUCCCCGGCCUCCCUCUCCUCCAGCAAAGCCUCUUCCCAAGCGUCUGAUCAUCGUGGCUGAGUGUCAGUGGGCGAAGGAGGGUGACCGUGACCUGGUCCUGAGGAAACUCUGCGAGGCGAUGGCUCGGGACACACUGGAAGACCCUUUCUGGAUCAAAAACUAUCUGGUCAGUCCGGGGAGCCGUUCGCUAGAGGAGAGCGACGGAGAGCAAUUCGUCCAGUACAAGAUGCACAUCUGCAGACCCAAACUGAGGCAGGAGUUACCUCUGACACCCCCGAUGCCGAUGCAGAUGCUGAAACCUCAGAUAAAACAGGAGACGAAACAACAGCAGGACCCCCCAGCAGAGACGGCGAUAGAUGCGGCGCCUCCUGAAGAUUGGCAGCGGGAAGUGGAGGAGGAGGAGGAGGAAGAGGAAGUGAAGGAGGAAGAGGAGGAGGUAGAAGAAGCAAAACCUCUUGAGGAUUGGCAGCGAGAGGUGGAGGAAGUGGAGGAGGAGGAGGAGGAGGAGGAGGAGGAGGAAGAAGUGGAAGAAGCAAAACCUCUUGAGUUGGCAGCGAGAGGUGGAGGUAGAAGAGGAAGUGAACGAGGAGAAGAAGAGGAAACAAAACCUCUUGAGGAUUGGCAGCAAGAGUUAGAGGAGGAAGAGGAAGUGAAGGAGGAGGAAGAGGAAGUGGAAGAAGAAGAAGAGGAAGUGGAAAAAGCAAAACCUGUUGAGGAUUGGCAGCGAGAGUUGGAGGAAGAAGACAUCAAGGAGGCGGGAUCAACGGCUCACCAGGUGCAUGAUGGGAAACAGAUCAGAAGAGAGGAAGUGAUAUCACAGAAGCAGAGGGAGAUGUUGGGUAGAUUGGGUCUGCCGUUCCUGACCGGAAUCACCCCCGCCGGCUUCCUCUCCGCCAACACCAAGCAGCCGGGAAGAACAGAACACACCAUCCAGGUGAACAGUAAGCCCUACCCUCUGGCUAAGAUCCAGCUGGGGAAAAUGGGAGCGCUCCAUCCGGCCAAUCGGCUCGCAGCGUACCUCACCGGCCGGGUGGGGAACAACAGGAAGCUGCCAGCGCCCGCUCUACCCCCCUCCAAACCUCCUCAGAGUUCAGCACCGACCCUCCUUAAAGUCUCCUCGUCUUCUUCUGUGGUGCCCGCCCCCCCACCCACACAUCAGCAACCGGUCACCAUAGUCGCCCCUCAGAGUUUCCACACAAGCUCCGGUCCUCCUGCUCCUAAAGGCUCUCAGCUGCUGAUGCUUAAGGUUGCUCCUCCUGCAAAGCUUUCUCAACAGUCUCCUGCUCCAGUUCUUCUCCCUUCCUCCUCCUGCUCUUCCUCCCCCACUUCCUCCUACUCUCAGAGGAUGGUGCUGCAGUCGGUGAGGACGGCGUCUGGUCGACAGUUCUUCCGUAAGCCAGACGGCACACUGGUCCAACUGGUUCCCCUCAGCCAGCUCAGAGCCAACAAGAAGCUGUGUGUGGAGAAAAUCUUUCCUACUGCAUCGCUCCCAACUCCAGUCGUCAUUACUAAACAAAUGUCACCUCAGACCAAAGUACCCUCCCCUUCCUCCUCCUCUUCCUCCCCCUCGCUGUCUGGCUUCCAGUCCCUCUCCCUCCCCUCCUCUUCCUCCCCCUCCCCCACCUGCCUGUCUCACAAGGGGAUGCGCACCUUUAAGAUCAUCUGGCCCAAUUCCAAGGGGGAACCCAUGGUCGUCACCCCGGCUAAAGCUCCCCCCAAAGUGGGGCCCUCUCAGCCUCACCCCCCUACCAUCCCGGUUAUGAUCUCCCUCAAACCCUCUGCGGCUCAGCGCAUUGAGUUCGGGGUCAAAGUGGUGACGGUGUCUGCAGAUGGACUCCAUCAGAAACCCUCCACCUGUGCAGGGACCAGAGCUCCAGAGGUCUCAACUAUCCCCCCUCCGGAGGUGGCCCCUAAACUGAUGGACCUGGACAUUAUCUGUGUGGACGGCAACACGCUGCCCCCCACCUCGGAGACGGGGGGCGGGGGGAAGCGGUCGGUGGACACGGUGAAGCUGGAGCCGUCGAGCAGUGAGACGGACAACUCGUCAGACUUCAGCGAUGAUUUGGAAAGCGACAAAGAGACGGGGGGAAAUCAACAAGCUCAGCGUCUCUUGCACAACAACAGGGAGAAAUGGCGUCGGAAAGGUCUGCAGAGCAAGUUUAAUGCUCUGAGUCGAGAAAUAGGCCAGAAGGAAGAGAAGGCUUCAAAGGUCUCCACACUGAACAUGGCGAUAAUGUUGAUCAAGCAGCUGAAGCAGACUGAGAGCGAUCUGGAGGAGAGGAAGAGGAGGCUGACACGGAAACGAGAUAACUUCAUCACCCUCAUCGCUCCGACAACAGAGGAGAGUAAUCGAAUGAGCGCUAAACGUCACAGACCUCCGGAGUCCACAGACACCGACGGCCCGGAGGAACUGCUGAAGGUGGACGAAAUGUCUGAAAACUCGGCAGGGGAGGAGAUCCUCGUUAGCAGGACGGAUAACGUGGGGGAUGUGGCUCAGAGUUUUGCCAUGGAGACGCUGGUGAGGAGGCGGCGGACGAGGAACAAUAGGAAUUCAAACAGAAGCACUUUGAGACUGAAGAGCCUGAAGAAGCCGGUCGAUUUUCAUAGCAUCUCUCCCGCCUUCAAAGAUCUCAGCUCGAUGGUGAAGACCCAAAACUCUCCAAAGUCUCUCCAGCUCCAAGAGGCUCAGCAGGAGAUUCUGAAUCUGCAGAAUGAGACGGCGAGACUGAAGAGUCUGAAGAUCUGUCUGAACCAGAAGAGAGAGAACUUCCUCAGAGAGAUCCAACAGAGAACAGGGAGAAGUAUGCGGAGAGUCCAGAGGAGUUUGCAGCACCUGAUGUCAAAACAGACAACGGUGGAGGAGCGCCCAACAGCCAGUCAGCUGUCAGCAGCGAGAGGGGGCGGGGCGUCAGACUCUCCAGCGAGAGACUCGACUGAUGACGACAUCAUAAUCACGUCCUCCUCCCCGCUGAAGCCGACUCCACAAGCUCCUCCCCCUCCCGUUUCUGCUCCACCUAUGAAGCAGCUUCAGAGGGUGGUGCAGAAGCUGCUGCCCAUCCAGCCUCGUCCUGCUGUAUCCCACAAUGCAUCACUGGAGAGGGACAGGCCGAAGACGUUUCCUAACAUCCUGUCUCGCACUAAGAAACCAGCUGCGUUACCGUGCUAUCAGGCUGUGUUCCCAUUGGUCGGUGCUGCAUUGCCGGGGCAACAGGUUCUGACCUUUAGCCAAAUGGUGGGGGGGCCGACGGUGCUGCAGGCGUCUCCUACACCAGGCGUGGCCUCAUUCAUCAACUUCCCCGGUCUGACCAAUCAGGUGAUCCAUCUCCCCUCCCUGCCCCACCCGCCCACAGUCGCAGACUUAAACAACCUGCUUCAUUUGGUUCAACCAUCAACGACAGAACACAAACAGAUACAACAACAAAACAACAGUCACAACAACAGCAACACAUACUACAACAAAUACAAAAACAACAACAACACCAACCACAAGAAAGAACGCACACUCCACCACCUCCCCAGAGUAGCUGAAGUCCCUCCUGAUCCCAGAUCCUCACCGCCUCCACCCUCCAGCCAGGGCCCGCCCACUUCUCCCUGCCCAGGAAAGAGUGCUGAUCCUGGGGCUGAGAUCCCGGCAAUGAAGGGGUCCCUGGAGCAGCAGAAAGAGGAGGAGACCAAACACGACGAGGGUCUGACCUCCCUCCUCAAUGAGAUCGACUUCCUCAACCAGCAGACCGUCACCACAUCAACAACAACAACAACAACAACCAGGGUCCUGUCACCGGGGGAAUCGUCACCAUCCGUCACCACCAGCGGAGCCGCAGAAGAGGAAGGACCUGCGCAGAGCCCCUGGCUCCUAGCGCUGGACUCUGACUCUGAGGGGUCGGCAAAGAGCGGAGGCCGACAGACUGAAGAUGCAAAAGGUGGAGGCGGCGUGCUGGCCCCGCCCCCUUUGCUGCAUAUGAAAGUGGGCGGGGUGGAGAAAGUGGUGGAACCCGCCCACAGCGAUGGAGAAGAAGAGGAAGGAGGAGGGAAAAAAGAUGGCGGCGUGGCCUGGAGGCCGAUGCCGAGACUAGUUCCUCUUGGGCUGAAAGGAAACCCCCCCAGCUGAUGAUUUCACGGACUGUUGAUGAUGUCACAGCAAAGUGGGUCAUUGGUCGUCUGCAGGCUGCUCUGAUUGGCUGUUUGAGUGCUGUUUAGUUUCAGCUGCAGCAGGGUUGGGAAAUGUAAGACUCGAGCAUCACAAGGGCUCCCUCGAAAGAAAAGCGAUGUGAUUUUUCCAGUGGAUUUUGGACUCAUUCCUUGUUAGUGUUCUAUGCACCUGACACACCAGAGAGCCAAUCAGAAACCUGCCCUUCUGGCUACGAUACAGAACUUUUCACAUGUCGUUUACAGACGCUCAGAUACUAUGUUCCCCAUAUUUAUUAAUGCAUCUUAUUUUCUACAAUUUACAGUAUUUAUCUUCAGCUCCAUCCUCGUGCGUUUCAGCCGCUCUGCCUGGGGCAAUGUGCGGCAACGGGGGGAAAGUUGCUGAGUAAUAGUUGCCAUGAAAGUUGCUAUUUAGUCUCAUCAUAGGAAACAAAAGAGGCCAUAAGAGUGUGUGUUUCUCUGUGUCUGUGUCUGUGUGUGUUCUACUUUAAUUUUUGUUUGCAUAUAAUGAGCCCUAAGGUCAAUAAAUUGGAAAUAAUUGGAGGAAAAUGUUCACAAUGGCAGAAAAUGUCUGAAUUUUAUGAAAAAGGGCCUUUGAUUUACAUUUAAAUUAUGCUAUUUUUUCUUUAAAGUGUGAAACUUUAUUCUGAAAACAUGGCUUUUUUUUGGACAGUCAUUUGUCUUCAGGAUUGUCAUUACAUGUAUUUCAGUUUCUUUAGUCCGGUUAUGUUCACCGCAGAAAAGAUUCUUAUAUUUCAGCAAUGAAACACUACGUUUUUUACACUCACCUGUACCUGCUCAGUGUUUACGGACAAUUAAAGGACCAGGCUGGUGUUGAAACAUCAGCUGCUCUGUUGUAUCAGAGGGAGCUGCUUCUCUUGGUGUUUGUACAGUGUACAGUUAUUUCCUUCGAUUUGUUUUUUUAAAUUUGUAUUUUUGUAAGUGUUAAACCCCCCCCCCCCCAGAUGUAAAUACAUGUUCUCCAUAGGAAGUAACUCACAUCACAUAUACUCUGAUAUACCGUAAAUAAAGUUUAAA